AUGGUGUCCCCCAAAAACAAGCAGAAGAAACCGCCCAAAGACAGCAUCACGCUGCUGCCCUGUUUCUACUUUGUGGAGCUCCCUAUCGUCCUGUCUCCCUUGUGGUCUCUGUACUUCUUGGAGCUGACAGAUGUUUUGUCUCCGGCAAUUGUGGGCUACCGGUGCCAUGACCGUGAGCUGUCCAUGCCCUAUGUUGAGACGGGUGAUGAGCUCAUUCCACUGCUGAUGCUCCUAAGUCUGGCCUUUGCCGGUCCAGCAGCAUCCAUCAUGAUGGGGGAGGCCUUGAUGUACUGCAUGCAGUCCAAACUGAAGACUUGUCCCAAAUCAGAGACGAGCAUCAAUGCCGGAGGCUGCAGCUUCAACUCAUUCCUUCGAGAAACUGUGCGCUUUGUUGGUGUUCAUGUGUUCGGUCUCCUGGCAACAGCACUGGUGACAGAUGUCAUCCAGUUAGCUACCGGUUACCACGCCCCUUUCUUCCUCACCGUCUGCCAGCCCAAUUACACAGCUCCGGGAGUGUCAUGUGACAACAAUGCCUACAUCACACAGGAUAUCUGCAUGGGGAAAGAUCAGUACGCCAUCCUGUCAGCGCGGAAAACAUUUCCAUCCCAGCAUGCAACGCUCUCUGGCUUUGCCGCCGUCUAUAUUUCCAUGUAUUUCAAUGCGAGCAUCAGCAGCACUACCAAGCUGCUGAAGCCGCUGCUGGUGUUUGCUUUCUGCAUGGCGGCAGGCCUCGCCGGACUGACACAGAUAACUCAGCACCGCAGUCACCCUAUCGAUGUCUACGUGGGAUACCUCAUAGGAGCCGGCAUCGGAGUCUACCUGGCUGUGUAUGCAGUGGGAAGCUUCAAAGCUUCCGAAGAAGAUGCUCCUUCCUCAACGAGACUGACCCCGGGCCAGCAGAAGGGCGGGUUGAGGGUGCUGAAUCAGCGGGGCCACGACUCCCUGUACCGGAAGACUCCCAGGGUGUCGGAAAGCAGAGAGGAGUUGGGCGCUGCUCUGGGGUCCGGAGCGCGCAGUAAGGUGAGGAGGGAGAAAGCCUCUCUGGCCUCCCUCAAGCGAGCCAGUGCUGACGUGGAACUCCUGGCAACCCGGGGGCCCAUGGGCAAGGAAACCAUGGUAACCUUCAGCAACACCUUGCCAAGAGUUGCCAAUGGCAACAGCCCCAUUUCCCCUUCAGAUGAGCUACCAACAACACAGCGGCACAUGACUUUCCAUGUGCCCUUUGACUCCCAGAGGUCCCGGCAGCUGGUAUCAGAGUGGAAACAGCGGUCUCUGGAGCUACGAAGUCAGAGCUCGCGGGAUGAGGAGGAGGGAAUGGACAGAACAGAGGGGCGAGAUGGAAAAGAGGAAGGAAGAGGAGGAGUGGGUGGAGAACAAGUGACGCCUCCCUCUCUUUACCCUACAGUGCAAGCAAACAAGGGCACCGUUACACCGACCACGGCCAGAAUGGUGGUGGCGCCCCCUCUAGUUCACAUUCCUGAGGAGGCCUCACGGCCUCCACCUGUCUCUCCAAAGAGCGCCAAAACCCGCGCCAAGUGGCUGUCGCUCACCGAGGGGGGAGUCACAAAAGAGCCAGGAGCAGGACCCAUUGCAGUCUCGACUCCUCGUGUGCCCACCACGCAACCCACACAUCCACCCGGACAGCAACGAGUGACGCAGGUCGCAGCCAUGUCAAAGCAGAAGCAUCACGGACCAGUCACGGCAUCCUUUAAGACAUCAGAGGGUGGCUCCUCAUCCGGUGGAGGUUCUAACUGCUCUGAGUCGCCAUACUACCGGAUCCCCUCUGACCGGGACAGCUGCUCCGGGAGCAACCCAGGGAGCAUCGCUGGAUGUGGGAGCAUUGUCACCAUCGACGCUCACGCCCCUCACCACCCGGUGGUGCGAGUAUCUGCCACUAACGGCAAACCAUGGGAGUGGAGGAACACCAUCAGCGGUAACAUGUUGAGUGGCGACACCACCGGAGACAAACACCGUGCGGCACUGCAGCAGCAGGACAAUGUGAACCAGUACCGGGAUUACUGGACUCUCCCGGUGAAAACGGAUUCACUCCCCUCCUCUUCGGCCGGUGGCAGCGCCGAAGGGGGUGCGGAGCUGCUUCCUCCCCCUCUCCCUACCUCUUCUUCUCCGCUGCCUCCGCCACCUCCAUUGUCAUCAUCCCCUCUACCUCCCCCUCUACACCCAAGCUCCUCUCCAAUUCCUCCGCAUCACCCCAGCGCCAUUCACAUGUCACCACCCCUUCCGCCGUCCUCUCAUAUGCCCCCGCCUCCUCUCCCAUCUUCCUCUCAAAUGCCCCUGCCUCUUCCACCUCACCCUGCCUCCUCCAUGCCUCUUCCACCUCACCCUGCCUCCUCCAUGCCUCCACCUCCUCACCCAUCCUGCUCAAGCAUGGUUCCCCCGCCUCCCCAUCCUGACUUGCUGUUAGACAGUCACAGCCAGACGCUGUCCCGCACCUCCACCCUGCCUCGCCGGCCAUCAGUUUCCGCCCGGAGCCACGCUGAGCAGGAGUACUACUAUAAGGCCAUGCAGAAUGAGAGGAUGUUAUAGUAAAGUAGCGAGACAACAUACAUCAUCGUAUCUAUAAUUGUUCUUUCAAAAACUCAGUUGAAAGACACAGUGAGGCCGUAGCAGCUUACAUU